ACAUGCCUCUAGAAUGAAACCAGUCAGUCUCAUCUGCCUGGGUAGUUCCCUGGUUGCUUUAACUAGAAGGAGAAAAUGAACAGAUGAACCAGCAAAGCUCAUCUCACUUCUCAGAAUUGAUUCUUUGACCCUUUUUACUGUCUGUGCACCUCUGAAAAUCUCCUCCAGCUUUUAUCUGCAGCGUUCCAUCUUUUGCAAUAGAGGAAAGCCCCUGAAGCUUUUUCCCCCCUUUUAAAAGAAUCCACCUCUGCAGCCAGACACCAAGCUUCGUUUCUGUGCCAAAGACAUGAAGCAUCGUCUGGGCUUCCUGCUGCAGAAGUCGGACUCCUGUGACUACAGCUCUUCCCAGAGCAAGAAGGAGAAAAUAGCUUCAAGCCAGAGGGUUAGCCAAGAAGAAGUCAGAAAGUGGGCAGACUCUUUGGAAAACUUGAUCCAUCAUGACAGAGGACUGGCUGCUUUCCGUGCUUUUCUCAAAUCCGAGUACAGUGAGGAAAACAUCGAGUUCUGGGUCAGUUGUGAGGACUACAAGAAAACCAAGUCACCAGCCAAGCUCAGCCUCAAGGCUAGAAAGAUCUAUGAUGAAUUCAUCUCAGUGCAGGCAACAAAAGAGGUGAACCUGGAUUCAUGCACACGGGAGAAGACGAGCCACAACGUGCUGGAACCUACGCUGUCUUGCUUUGAUGAGGCUCAGAGAAAAAUAUUCACCCUCAUGGAAAAGGAUUCUUACCGCCGUUUCCUCAAGUCCCCCUACUACCUGGACUUGGUCAGCCCACCUGGGCCCGAAACCUGCAAAAGAAGCCACAGUCACACCUUAGACUGCAACUCUAACAUCAUCUCUCAGUGUGCCUGAACCUGCAGCAAGGCAGGAGCGGGCUGGGCUCUCACAAGAAUAGAUGGCAGCAAAAGCAUUCAUUGGCAUGAAGCAGCAGAGCUGUCUCCAAUAGCUGUCUAAUGUCCCCGUUGUAUCCCAUGUCAUGCAACAGCCAGCAUUUGUAACCCAAGCCAGGCUCAGUUUGUGUAGCAAACCCUCCUCUCACUCCAUCGGUGUAGGAGCCCUGGAGUCUGCGUCUG